AUGCCAGCAGCGGGACGGGUUCAUCUGGACAUGACGGAGAGCGUUCAGGGUCCAAACCGCACCACCAAGACCACCAAGACCACCGAGACCACCACCAUCUUCUUCUUCUUCUUCUUCUUCUUUGGAAGCAGGAUGGAGGGCAGGACACCAGGAACGAGGAAGCCCCUGAGGAUUCUGGGAUUUUUCUGCUUGUGGAUUACAGCUCAGGCUCAGAUGAAGAUCCCACCGGAGACGGUGCAGCAGUGGGCGAUGGAGUUCUCCGUUCAGCUUCGAGACUUCACCACCAAAUACUCCGGCUCUCUGCUGCUGCAGAAGAAACUGAAGGAUGUGGAGUCCAUCAUUAAGAUCGUGGAGUUGGAUGGAAAUGACCUGGUGAAGGAUUACUCGGAUGAAAUCGAGCGAAUGUUGGGAAGCAAGAUGAAGUCGGUGAAGAGGUUGGCGGAGUCGGCAGAGGACGCCGAUCUGUACCACGAUUUCAACGCCACCAUGAAGUUCGAUUACUACAACUCCAUGCUGAUCAACACGGCGGACGAGGACGGGAACAGCGUGGAGCUGGGAGGAGAAUUUCCUCUGGAGGAGAACGAGCACUUCAACAACCUGCUGGUGAACACGCUGAUGAGCAACAUCCAGAUCCCCACCAACGUCUACAACAAAGACCCCAACAUCCUCAACGCCAUCUACAACUCCGAGGCAUUGAACGACGUCUUCAUCAGAAACUUCCAGAAGGAUCCCACGCUCACAUGGCAGUUCUUCGGCAGCUCGACCGGCUUCUUCAGGAUUUACCCCGGUAUUAAAUGGACUCCAGACUCCAACGGUGUGGCCGCUUUUGACUGCAGGAACAGAAACUGGUACAUCCAGGCAGCCACGUCUCCCAAAGACAUCGUCAUCAUGGUGGACAUCAGCGGCAGCAUGAAGGGGCUGAAGAUGACCAUCGCCAAACACACCAUCAACACCAUCCUGGACACGCUGGGGGAGAACGACUUCGUCAACGUCAUCGCUUACACUGACUAUGUCCGGUACGUGGAGCCGUGCUUCAAAGGAACUCUGGUUCAGGCCGACUUAGACAACAGAGAGCACUUCAAGCAGCUGGUGGACGAGCUUCACGUUAAAGGAGAAGCCAAGAUCAAGAACGCCAUGAAGGAGUCCUUCAAGAUCCUCAACGAGGCCAGGGCGAGCGGUCAGGGCAGCAUGUGUAACCAGGCCAUCAUGCUGAUCACAGACGGAGCCAUGGAGGACUUUGAGUCCGUCUUUGAGGAGUUCAACUGGCCCGAACGCAGGGUGCGAGUCUUCACCUACCUGAUCGGCAGAGAGAUGACCUUCGCCCAAAACACCAAGUGGAUCGCCUGCAACAACAAAGGUUACUACACACACAUCUCCACGCUGGCCGACGUGCAGGAGAACGUCAUGGAGUACCUGCACGUUCUCAGCCGGCCGAUGGUCAUCAACCACGACCACGACAUCAUCUGGACGGAGGCCUACAUGGACACUGUGCUUCCCAGCACCAAGGAGCUCUUCACCACCAAAGCUCAGAGUCUGCUGCUGAUGACCUCGGUGGCCAUGCCGGUGUUCAGCAAGAAGAAGGAGACGCUGUCCCAUGGGAUCCUGCUGGGUGUGGUCGGCACCGACAUCCCGCUGAUGGAGGUGAUGAAGCUGGCGCCCAGAUACAUGCUGGGAGCUCACGGAUACGCCUUCCUCAUCACCAACAACGGCUACAUCCUGGCACAUCCUGACCUUCGACCUCUGUACAAAGAUGGAAAGAAACUGAAGCCGAAGCCGAACUACAACAGCGUGGAUCUGUCUGAGGUGGAGUGGGAGGACACAGAAGAGAAGCUGAGAACGGCCAUGGUGAGAGGAGAGACGGGCUUCAUCCGGCUGAGCAUCAGAGCGUCAGUGGACAAAGGGAAGCGACCUCUGUUCCUCGUCAACGACUACUUCUACACAAACAUCGACGAGACUCCUUUCAGCUUCGGCAUGGUGCUGACCAGAGGACACGGACGCCUGAUGUUUAUUGGAAACGUCUCCGUGGAGGAAGGUUUACAUGAUCUCACCUCCCCCGACCUCAGCAUCGCCACCGAGUGGACGUACUGUGAGACCGACAUCGACCCGAGUCACCGGAAAUACUCUCAGCUUCAGGCCGCCAUCCGCUACCUGCUGGGGAAGGAGCCCGACCUGGAGUGUGACGAGGUGCUGCUGCAGCAGACGCUGUUCGACGCCGUGGUGACGGCUCCACUGGAAGCCUACUGGAACGCCCUGAUGCUCAACGACAGGGUGGAGCCGGGGGUGGAGACGGCGUUCCUCGGUACCCGUGCCGGUCUGAUGAGGAUCAUGAGAUACGCCGGAGUGGAGACCAGAGUUGCAAAGAGGUUUCUGACGGCGACCGACAAAGACAACCUGUUCACCACCGACCACUUCCCUCUGUGGUACCGGCUCGCCGUGGAAAACACUCCGGGCAGCUUCUUCUACUACGCCAUCAACGACAAAGGAGUGAAGUACGUGAUCGGGACGACAGCAGUGACGGUGUCCUCUGAAGGGAGGACGGCGAUGGCCGGAGCUAUCGGGCUGCAGAUGUCCUUGGAUUUGCUUGAAAAGAGGUUCUGGGCCAUCGCCAAGCAGCCCAGCGACACAGACUGUUCAGCCAUCGAAGGCGUGUGUCCUCUCAGCUGUGAGAGCGCUGAUCUGAACUGUUUCCUGGUCGACAACAACGGAUUCAUCGUGCUGUCCAAAGAGAGGAACGAUGUCGGCCGGUUCUUCGGCGAGGUGGACGGGUCGGUGAUGGCGUCGCUCAUCAAGAUGGGGAUGUUCAAAAAAGUGUCGUUGUUCGACUACCAGGCGAUGUGUAAGAACAGCCAUCAUCACGCCAGCAGCGCCCGGCAGCUGCUCAGCCCGUUUUAUGUCAUCGCUGCGUUGAUCAGGUGGUUGUUCUCCAACGCUCUCAUGUUCCUGCUGGACUUUAACCUCUGUGGCCUCUGGCACUCUGACUACUUUGUGGACGCCAAGGCCGGCUAUCACACCAGUCAUAAGCAGAAGAAGGUGGACGCUCUGCAGCCCUGUGACACGGCGUACCCCGGCUUCAUGUACGACUCGUCUAUCAGAGAAGCAAACAGCCUCAUCAAGUGUGGACGCUGCCAGAAGAUGUUUGUGGUGCAGCAGGUUCCUGACAGUAACCUGGUUCUGGUCGUGGCUCAGGCCGACUGUGACUGCUCCCGUCAGUACGGACCGAUCCUCCUGGAGCCCAAAGAGAUCAAAUAUAACGCCACAGUGAAGUGCAACAGGAUGAAAUCCCAGAAGGUGCGGCGGCGUCCCGAGUCCUGCCACGCCUACCACCCCAAGGAAGAUGCGAAGGAGUGCGGGGGGGCGUCGGCCGUCUUCCUGUCGCUCUCCGUCUUCUCGUCCUCUCUGCUCGUCUCGUUGCUCCUCCACCAUUGGACGUAA